UGUUCGUCCAUCUUUGAUUAUAUCACAACACAUUUUUAAAGUACAAACACAUAAAGAUCGCCAAUGGCAAGACUUAGCAUAUGCAUGUUUGUUUUCCUAUGCGCAUUUGCGGCUAAAGCAGCAGCUCAAACCGCUACUAAUGUAAGAGCAACUUACCAUUACUAUUAUCCCGAGCAAAAUGGUUGGGACCUUUAUAAAGUAAGUGCCUAUUGCUCAACAUGGAAAGGAAACCUCCCAAUCGAAUGGCGUAGGAAGUACGGUUGGACAGCUUUCUGCGGUCCAGUCGGACCGCGAGGCCGUGAUUCUUGUGGAAGAUGCUUAAGGGUAACGAAUACUGCAACGGGAACACAAGCGACGGUGAGAAUCGUUGAUCAGUGUAGUAACGGCGGUUUGGACUUAGAUGACGGCGUUUUCAGGCGGCUUGAUACUAACGGUCAGGGAUACGCUCGUGGGCACUUAAUUGUUAACUACGCGUUUGUCAACUGCUGAAGAUCUUCACGUUCAUCCAAUCACCGUCUCGCAUCUUGUUAUUUAUCAUAUUUCAUAUAUUUUAAGAUAAAAAUACUAUCACGAGUUCAAUUCAAUGUUUCACAAUAAAGAUCAUUCAUAAAUCUACAAUUGUGUGCAAGUUACUAAGAUAUAAACCGGGUAAUUUGUAUUGUUAUACAAAUGGUGAUGAUGAUAUAAACUAUUGUCCAAUAA